AUGGUGGAGCUGGCGAAGCAGGCUGAGGACGGUGACCCAGUCGGACUCAAAGACGAUCCAUCUUUCUCCAAGAUCCAGACAUUCAUGGCGUGGAUGGUCCUACUCAUUUUCCUGAUUGCAAUCGGAGGAUUGAGCGCCACCAUAUUUGUUUUCACACGAGCUGCCAUCAAACCUGACAUGGCUGCUCUGAGAGCGUCUGCUGCCUCCUGCUGCCCAGAAGGCUGGAUCACCUCCCAAGGAAAGUGCUACUAUUAUUCUGAAGCGGAAGGGAACUGGAAGUCCGGCCAGAAUUACUGCGCUUCACACGGUGCCUCUCUGGCUGCAAACAGUAGCUUAGAGGCUCUGAAAACCGCAAUGCACCAUAAAGGCGUCUCCAAUCACUGGGUUGGACUCCGGAGGGAACCGGGCCAGCCCUGGAGAUGGGUGGAUGGCGCUGCAUUCGACCACCCCUUUGAGGUCAGAGGAGCCGGACUCUGCGCUUACCUGGAUGACGGCGUUGUGAACAGCGCGGGCUGCGACACCGAGAGGAAGUGGGCCUGCAGCAAGCCGGACGGACAGACGGGGGGGAGGCAGAGAGACCCAAAGUGUUAA